AAUUGAUGUGCGAGCAGUGCAGGCGGGACAGGUUGCCGGGCUGGAGCGAGGAUAUUUACUGGGGGAGUGAAAUUCGUCUGCAUAGCUUGACAAUGUGCCCAUGGACAUAAGACACUCGCACAAAAUUCGAUGAUUCUUUACACAGGUGCGGAGGCGCCCCGUAUUUUGAGCCGAGCGCACAGAUGGACACCUAACACAGAGCUAGCAAUGCUGUAGCAUUCAGCGGUCCAUUUGAUUGUUAUUGUCGCGGGAUCUGGUGGCACAUUUCCACGGAAGAAGGGGCUCCGUUUCAGUGUUUUCAAAAUAACACAAUCUACAAAUUAUCUCGCAAAUUGCGACAGUUUAGAAGGUGCGCAAGGACUUCGACGGGAUCUUUCGAGUCGUGGGCAUUACGCGUCUAUACACAGUGUUCUCACCUCGCAACCUGAACGCUGGAAAACAGUGAACUCGUGUUUCGCGGUUUAAGGGUUCGUUAUUCUUCGAUGUAGGGACGUCAAAGGAAAUAGCUUCUGACAGGACGGAGUGAGUAAAAAAGAACGUCUUGUGCUGAAGCUAUAGAUCAGAGAGAGUUAACUGACCAUUGGAAUUCUAGGUCCUAUAUUUGAAAGACAUGGACGUGGUGUCAGUCGUCUUUCACCAGUUCAAGUUAAAUAAACAAUUUGCAUUUCAGAAAAAAGGAUUUUACUUUUAGACCGUUAUAACAUUGUUUUACAAUCAGACCAGUUUUAACUGCCUGUGCUAAUUUAGUUGAACAUGAUAAGAAUUAGUUCAAGUGAUUUAUAUUAUAUAAUCUAGUCUAUUUCUCACAUGUUAAUUAAACUAAUGUAACGUAGCCUAUUAACUCCGCUGAGGACGUAUAGGUUGGCCACGCAUAACCUUUUUGCAACACCUUUUUGACUGUGCAGUGCAGAAAAUAACAUUACCUACAGAUAGGCUAAGUGAUUUCUGUAGAGUGGUGUUGUAUGGGCUAUGGGUUAGCGUACUGCCAAUUUAUGAUUAAGAUAUAUUGAGAAAUUCAGAACUUUGCUUGUCCUGAGAUGUAAAGAGGUGGACUGUCCUUUUCGUCUCACAAACUAUCCUGCUUGAAGUUCCACGUCUGAUUAUAUGUGCGCGGCGUAAAAUCCCCGGGGAUGAUCUCUCUCUGAAGUGGCUGUUACAGUAAUCAGCGCCUUGGUGUUAGCGAGGCCAGGGAGAGAGGGAUUUCACGAGAUUAACGGCGGACUGCUAUUUUCUUCAUCCACACACUGGCGGCGGCAUAAGGAACCUCUCGACUUGAUCCGGCGCCCAGCAGCCACAAUCUCUGACAUUGAUCGGCAUCUGGAAGUUGGCUUUGAGCAUUAACGACGGACAUCUGUUAGUUUUAUAUCGACAAGUGCACUUGCUGGAGAACAUAAAGACGAUGCUAUAAAAAACUAUCAGCGCAACUAUCUGAUUCUACUCAGCUGGCUAUCCAGAGAGCUAUAGCCUAUGUUUAGUCUCUGCCAAGAAAUGUGGUAGCUACUGCUGAGUAAAACUGAGCUAUCCCGCACUAUCAGACUUCCAGACUCAUAGUGUAAGCAACUGCCUGCACGCUGACCUGCGUCUUCUGAUGUCUAGGUGAACACCUGUCCCGAUCCAUUCACGGUUCUACAGCGAAUGAGGAUGCUGCGAGGAUGCUGCGCUUCCCGGUGAAGAAAAUACGGAAGCAGUUCAAGCUCCUUCUACUCCUGGUCCUGCUAACCUUCGCCAUUUGGUUUACAUACCUUCAUAUCAAUCAAGGGAAAGCCAUUAAGCUCCAUUUUAAUUAUGGUAAAGAUGGGGAUCGGCAGAUGGAGGGGACAGACGCCAGUCGAAAGAGAGACUCUCGCUCGUCCGACAGCCACCGCAAGAGCACCGAUGCCAGCGAGAGCCGUGAGGAUGAGGCAGCGGAGGAUGAUCCAAAUGCGAUGGGGGUUGACGGCAGAGACCAGGCAGAAAUCCGGAAGUUUCUUACCCAGAAGCAGAAAAAGUUGCCAUGGAAACCUGAGUUUAAAGGCCAAGCCAACCUUCACGUGUUUGAGGACUGGUGUGGAUCAUCUGUGGCUCAGCUGAGGAAGAACCUGCACUUCCCCCUCUAUCCGCAUACGAGAACGAUGGUGAAGAAGCUGGCCGUGGCCCCCAAGUGGAAGAACUACGGCCUGAGGAUAUUUGGCUACAUUCACCCCUACAGAGAUGGGGACUUCCAGUUUGCUGUGGCCUCUGACGAUAACUCCGAGUUCUGGCUGAGUUCAGACGAGAGUCCGCUGAACGCCCGGCUGCUUGUGUACGUGGGCCGGCUGGGCUCAGAAUGGACUGCACCAGGAGAGUUCAGCAAAUUCAGAUCUCAGUCUUCCAAGUCCGUUCAUCUCAUCUCCUCCAGACGGUACUACUUUGAGGUCUUACACAAGCAAGAUGACAGAGGCUCUGAUCAUGUUGAAGUGGGGUGGCGGCCCUUUCUGCCAGGAUUGAAGUACGAGGUCAUCGACUCGGCCUACAUCUCUCUAUACACAGAUGAGUCCAGUCUGAAGAUGAAUAGUGUGGAUCACGUACCGCAGACACUGGCCAGCCACGCGCGCCUCGCUCACGACUCUGCCCUGCCCAGCGGCCAACAUGGCGCCGACAUGCUGAAAGCUGACCCGCGCGACACCUUCUUCAGCAUACCGAUGAUAGAGCCGUCUCGUUUGGAGAAUGUGUUACCUGCCUGCCUCUACUCUCCCACCUAUGUGGUGAAGGAUUUCCCCAUCGCUCGCUACCAGGGCCUCCAGUUUGUGUACCUGUCCUUCGUCUACCCUAACGACUUCACCCGCCUCACCCACAUGGAGAGAGAAAACAAGUGCUUCUACAGGGAGUCGCCCAUUUAUCUGGAAAAGUUCGGCUUUUACAAGUACAUGAAGAUGGAUGAGGAGGAUGACGAUCAGCCCCUUUUCUUCCCUAACCCAGAUGACUUCCUUGAGGAGGAAGAAGGGGCGGACCCAGAGGACGAGGUGGAGAUGGUGGGCACCCCUGCCAGCCGAGCCGGACAGGCGUCCACCCGACACCCACGCAGGGCUGUUGGAGCCACCCCUGCUGAGAGGAGAGAGGAGAAAGGGCAGGAGAAGGAGGAGGUUGUGGUGGAGGAACAGGAGCAGGAGGAGGAGGAGCAGGAGGAGGAGAAUAAUGAUGUGGUGCAAAGGAGGCCCAGAAGGCGCCUCCUCCCGCACGAGAGGCAGAGGGACGGGGAUCUGGAGCGCGAGUGGAGGCGCCACCGGGAUCAGGGGAGGCAUGCUGUCGCCAAGCCCCCACCGGAGGAGCCCGAGGCUGGGGAAGAGGAGGAGGAGGAGCAGGGGGUUGUGCCGGGCGGAGGAGGUGGAGGCGGUGGCCGGCACCUGUCCUGGAUCCGCACGGGCCCCGAGGAGCUGAGCCGGAAGGGCCUCGCACGGGCCCGCGAGCCGUCCACACCCAAGCUCAGCAAGUCGGCCCUUCUGUUCCCGCAGAAGGCCUCCCUAAACGCGCUGACCAGCCGCGCCAAGCAGAUCCUCACCAACUCGGCCCACGUGGCGCGAGGCCCCGCCGACACACGCUCGCACACACACGCACACACACACACCCGCGUCAAGGAGCACAAGAGGGACCCGAACAAGAUCUACAUCACCAGGCCGCGGCCCGCCAAGGACAGGAAAGCGCCGCUGUCCCGCCAGCCCAGGGAGGUCUUCCCGGGAGUCUUCCUCUACCAGACGGGAAAAACCACCCGGCUGGUCAACCUGGGCGCCAAGGCCAGGGGUGGGCCCCUGCUCCCCAAGCCCCCGCCCCGAGCCAUCCGUGUCAGCAGCAACCUCACCAGGCCGGACGUCGCACCGCACAAACCCUCCAGCAGGGCGGCGGUGUUGAGCCACGCAGACACGAGGAGAGCCGCCACGCCAGACCCCUCGCUGCCCAAAGCAUCCCGCGCAUCCACCACCACCACCACCACCACAGCCGCCGCCGUACACCACCACCACCACCACCACCACCACCCACACCCGACAGGCCCAUCGCCGAACUCUUCCGAGAACACCGGUCCCAUGGAGACCCGCGUCACCUCGUACAUGCGCACCUCGGAGAUCACCGAGUCCCAGCAGCAGCACCUGCAGCGGCAACAGGAGCUGGAGCAGGGGCAGGGGCAGGAGCUAGAGCAGGGGCAGGAGCUAGAGCAGGGGCCGGGGCAGGAGCUAGAGCAGGGGCAGGAGCAGGGGCAGGGGACAGUGCCCGAGGAGGAGGGCGGCCUGUCGGAGUACAGCUACGAGGAGGCCGAGCCCAGGCCCGGGUGGGCGGAGGAGUCCAUCAACUGGCAGCGGACGUUCUCCGUCAACACCAUGGACUUUGAGCUGCUGCGCUCCGACUGGAACGACCUGCGCUGCAACGUGUCAGGCAACCUGCAGCUGGCCGAGAGCGAGGUAGUGGACGUGCUGGCGCAGUACAUGGAGAAACUCAACGAGCGCAAUGGAGGCAUCUACACCCUCCUGCGCAUCAUCAACGUGGAGAAGAGGCGAGACUCUGCGCGUGGUAACCGCUACCUGGUGGAGCUGGAGCUGAUGGAGCGCGGGCGCAGCGUGGUGCGCCUCUCCGAGUACGUGUACAUGCUGCUGCACCGCAGCCGGCUGGAGGACAGCAGCCUGGAAACCGCCGAACUGGUCACCCCCGCCGCCACAGCAGGCGCCCACGGCCGCCCCCCGGCUCUUCCGUCACAACGGCCCUUACCCACUCACGCCAACCGAGCUACUCCGCAGACUGGCACCUCCUACGCCAAACCCCUGCUGUGCCAGCCAGUGAUGCUCCAGUGGAGGAGAGACGUCAUGGUGCACUUCGUGGUGCCAGUGAAGAACCAGGCUCGUUGGGUGCAGCAGUUCAUCUCAGACAUGGAGCAGCUGCACCACGAGACCAAAGACAACAACUUCAACAUCAUCAUCGUGGACUUCCAGAGCGAUGACAUGGACGUGGAGCAGGCCCUGAGGGAAAGCACUGUGCCCAGGUAUGAGUAUCUGCGGAGGCCGGGGAACUUUGAGCGCUCGGCCGGAUUGCAGAUUGGAGUGGACACCAUAGAGGAUAACCACAGCAUUGUGUUCCUGUGUGACCUGCACAUCCACUUCCCUCUGAACAUCCUGGAGAGCAUCCGGAAGCACUGUGUGGAGGGCAGACUAGCCUUCGCCCCCAUCGUCAUGAGACUGGACUGUGGCAGCUCCCCACAAGAGCCCAACGGCUACUGGGAGGUCAACGGCUUUGGCCUGUUUGGGAUCUACAAGUCUGACUUUGACAAGAUCGGCGGGAUGAACACGGAGGAGUUUAAGGACCGCUGGGGAGGAGAAGACUGGGAGUUACUGGACAGAGUGCUGCAGAAUGGCCUGGAGGUGGAGCGUCUGCGCCUGAGGAACUUCUUCCACUACUACCACUCCAAGCGGGGCAUGUGGAACUCCCAGCCCAAGAAGAGCCCCAAGGGGUAGAGCCAGCCCGGGGGACAGGACCGUUUGUGUGCCCACAGGCUGACACUCUUUAACACACGCACCCUUCAAGGCAUCCGCCAGACUGUCUGUGGACUGUUUACUCCAUCCGUGUGUGUGUGUGUGCGUCUGUCUGUGUGUGUAUGUCUGCUCUCUGUGUGUGUGCGUGUGUAUGUGUGUGUGUGUUUGUCUGUCCAUUUGUGUAUGUCUUCUCUGUGUGUGUGUGUGCGUGUGUGUGUGUGCGUAUACAGACACAGGGGGAAAAGAAAACCGGAGAGUUUCUGUGUGUGAUGCCUAGGUGUUGAUUUUGAUCUCGUACUCGCCAGCAAACAUCAGCGGAGGAGCAACAACAGGCCCGUGUCUGUUUUCACUUUCCCUUUUUUUUAAAGCUCUCGGCACCGUCGUUUUCUGGGCAGGAUGCUCUUCUCGUUUUGAUUUUGAUUUUUUUUCUGAGCUUUUAGGACAACUAAUGGGAAACGACAUACUCAUGUGUCUCAACCAAGACGUGUGACGAUGGUGAAGGAUCUUAAGGACUGGGCACUUGAAACUCGACUUGAUUGUUUGAACUUUUGGAGUGUAUAGGCCAUGCCGCCAGUGCUGUGUUGUGACAUUAACUAUGUGGUCUAGAGGUAGAGAAACGUUAUGUCAGUAGAGAAGCAGUUUGUUGGUAUUUUGACGCAGCGACUAUGUACAUCCUUUGGGGGUUAUAUUUUCCAUAACUGGAAUUUAAGGUGUUCUUGGUGCAUUUCAUUUAGCACUCCAUUCUUCCUCACAUGGAGGUGCUAAAGAUUCAUAAACUACUUGACUCAUAUGUAAGACUUUACUUCUGCAGACUGUAAUAUGGAAGAUAUUACAGUGGAGAUUUCUUUUUUAAUAUAUACCCAUGUAAAUGCACUUUUGUUUGGGAUAUGGGGUGUGGGGCAUAGGCUUCUGCUUGACCCUGUUAACACUGUAUGAUGCCACAUGGCUUUUUCAUAGAGAUUUUAAGCAGACACCGAAGUCCUUCCACACAGGUAACUGGAAAGAAACUGGACUUUUUGAGCUGCAUCAGAAGAAUGACUGCUCUCUACCUGCUAAAGAAGAAGAGGAGACAACAAAAAAAUGCUUUUUUAAAUGGCAAAUGUAAUAUGAUUCUGCUUUUGUUGUUUUAUUUUGUUAUCUUCUGUCUGAUGUGUGAAAGGUGUGUGUGUGUGUGUGUGUGUGUGUG